AUGUCGACUGUUGUUCCGAUCCAAGGGCCUGUGGAGGCGCGCUCGCUAUCGUCAAUCACCACCAUCGCAUCGAAUCCCCCCGCCUAUCCGCGCAAUCCCACCCACGAGAAGCUCGAUCCGUUACAGCUGUAUAUCGUGAGAGUUCCUGGUAGUCAAGAUAUCUUUCUAUCCCCCGUUAAACCGCCCACAAAAUCGAGUGUUUCUGCAGAGGCAAUCAAUGCGUCGCUCUACUAUGUCCAUGUCGCAACCCCCGAAGAUGAUGCCUUAUUAGAAGAGGUAGAGCAAGAGCGCGAGGAAGAAGCCCAACGAAAGAGGGAGGCAUUGGAAGCCGCAGCUGAGGAGGAUCCCUCACAACGCGACUUUGUUCGAAUGAACCAAGUUCGCCGGAAGCCAGUCGGAGGGAAAGAAGUUGCACAAGAGCCUCCUGCGCUGCCACCAAAGGUGCCAUUGGACCAUGAGCCUCUGCAGCAAGAUGUGCCCCCGCCACUUCCACAGAGACCGGUUCCUAUGCCUGCAGUCUCGGCGGAGAACAUGUCAUUCGCAGGUACGCCAGUAGCCAUUGCGCAAUCAUUUUUUGACGGCGGAGCGGAGACAGCCUCCUUGGAGUCAGCAAAUAAGCCAGUCCUCCCACGACGGCCUCUUCCUCCAUUGCCUCCCAGUGAAGAGCCGUUUGGUGCACGCCCCGAAGAGCCGGUCAGGAAAACAAAUCGGUGGAGCAAUUUUGCAGAAGGCUUGCAUGGGAAGGGGUUUGAGGCGUGGAAGGAGAAGUACGACUCAUUCUCGGCGGGUGGACGUCAUAGUCUUGACUCCAACAGACCUGAGUUGCCGUCGCGUCCAUCAGGCGAACGGCCCUGGUCAUCACAUAGCCCAGGACAAUCCCCGAACCGCCAACGCAAGCAAAAUCGACCCCCUCCAAGUAACGCAGGCUUCACUAUUACUCUCAUCCGGCGUGAUCCCACCUCAGGUACGCAGUGGAAUGUCGCAACCAUUUCAAGUCCGCGCGCGGACUCCAGUGCGAUCGAUAUCGAGAUAUCUACUCCAGGAUAUAAUCGAUUCAAUGGGUCGCAAGAGCCUUUCUCGCUGGCUAGUCUAGGUGCGAAUCUACCAGCAAGUAUUCCGCCAGAGCUCAUCCGCGCUGCGGGGGCUUCGAUGUCACAAUCGUUACCGAAAGAUCAACCUCCUGAACAACCGGCUGGACCGCGCAAGUUUCAUCGACAAGUUUGUGUCUCGAGGCAACUUGACGACACUGCCGGGGGAACAAAUGGCUCAUCAGAGUUCGGUUCAGGGCAUGGACAUGGACAUGACUCCUCGUCAAAAUUGAAAAGUGGCUACUACGUUUUCAACUCCCCCUGGAAUGGCACCUGCACCUUCUCUAGCAGUGUGAACGGUCGCAGCUUGAAAUGCAAGCAUAUGAUCUCCGGCCCAGCAACCAUUCCAGCCCCAGGCGAAAGCGAUCCAAACCCAGCAGUAACUGUGGCUGAGCUCCGCUUCAACACGCCUUUCCAAGCGGCGAACAUUCGAUACCAGGCAACUCAAUCACACCAUCACCACAACCAAUCUCCCACCUCUCACAUAUCUUCACACCCUCAGAACCCUAACGAUGCUAUGCUGCAAGACCCCGAAGCCACCUCCAAGCGUGCCUCCCUCUCCCAACUUCUCAACCCAAACAAUUACUCCCGACAACGUGCUUACUCCGGCAACUCCGCCUCUCCAACCGACAACCAAAGAGCAAACUUCAACCCCUCUACCCUUAUCCGCAAGACAUCCCUCCGUGCUUCGCGCUUCGCCCGGCAGAACCAGUUCGGUCACCACCGACGCCGCAGUACGAGUACUAGCAGCGGUGGCGCAGACUCGGACGAAGACCGAAUGGAUUUCUCCCUAGCCCGUGAAUUAGCCGGAGGAGGACUGAGGGGAAAGAGCGCUAAACUGGGCAAAUUGGUUAUCGAGGAUGAAGGGUUCAAGAUGUUGGAUCUAGUUGUUGCGGCCUGUAUGGCUGUUUGGUGGCGCGGUUACUACCAUUGA